GAGUGUACCUGAGUGACAGUGGAACAGCAGUGGAUGUACAGAUCUCCUGCACGCGGAUUUACCAGCACACGGUGUUCCUCACCUCCUCCACGUCUGUAUGCGCGAGAGCAGCCAGUGAAGGAGCACGAGCGUUCCAGAAAACGACGCUUUUUCAUCGACAUGGCGAGUAUAGGAGUGGCCGUGAACAUAUCCAGCACGGAGGAGAGGGCCGUGUUUACUCAGCUGAAGCCGGUGCGGCUCUCCGGCCCGGAGCCCGCGGAGGACUCGUCCGUGUUCGAGGACGUGAAGCCCACGACCCAUAUGGAGCUGGACAAAUAUCUGCCUCAAAAUGCACCCAUGCCAUCCCCAAAUCUCACAGACAAGAAGUACCGUCGGGAGAGCGCCUCUGUGGUGGAUGAGUAUUUUGCAGAUGAAAAGCCUGCGCCCUACAGCCUGAACAUCAAUGUGAUCCUACCCAACACCACACAUCUCCGCACAGGGCUUUACCGUCCAGCCAAACCCAUGGCACCACAGAUCAAAACUGAACCUGGAGUGGAUUCUUCCUGCAACAUCCAGACGCUUCCUGACUUCACCUCGGUCUUCAGUGUGCCCCAGACCGUCAACAGUCUGUUCAUCAAGCCUGAUAUGGGCACCACAGACGACCUCCACAUCGGUCCCCAGCAGCCCCAGGUCUACCAGAUGCCCGUCAGCAGCAGUGACCUCACCUCAAUGACUUUCUCCCACAGCCAGGCCCCCACAGCCACGGCGAGGACCAUGCUCAACCUGAACGCUGUGGCCCUCACCACGCCGUCGGGCGAAUUUGUGAUACCUGAACAGUACUAUCCUCAGGCACAACCCCACAGCCUUCCCCCAUCCCCACCCAACUCCCAGCCAGGUAGUCCUGAGAACCAGGCAGAGCUGAUAACUACAGUCCCGCCACCUCCUCCAUAUCAGGCCAGAAUCGGACUAAAGGUGGGGCAGAUGACCCCUCACUCUGUGCUGAUGACUCACGGACAGGGCGUCCUUACCGGACCCAGGUACAACAGAAGGAACAACCCCGAGCUGGAGAAGAGGAGGAUCCACCACUGUGACUUUCCAGGAUGCACCAAAGUUUACACAAAGAGCUCCCACUUGAAAGCACACCAAAGGACUCACACAGGUGAGAAGCCCUACCGCUGCACUUGGGAAGGAUGCGACUGGCGCUUUGCGCGCUCCGAUGAGCUCACGCGCCACUACCGGAAGCACACGGGAGCCAAGCCGUUCAAAUGUGUCGCCUGCAACCGGUGCUUCUCGCGCUCGGAUCACUUGGCGCUCCACAUGAAGCGCCAUCAAAACUGAGAGACUGCUUUUUUUUCCCCCCUGUCCUUCUUUUUAUAUAAUAUUUUUAUUAUUAAGUAUAUAUUUCAUCGUCUUCAUCAAAGAUCAAAUCGUCUUUACCUUCAAAAAGAGCUGCCAAUUCCAAGUGGAGUCUCUUCACCACGGACUGAUGAACACCUUCUGGAGUGUCGCCCACAGCAGAUCCGCUUUUUAUCUGCUGACAACUGUAAAUACUGUAUGUUUGGAUGUGAAUGCUCUCUGUAUUAUACAACAAAGAAUGUUUUUUUUUUUUUUUUUUAUCUAUAGCUGACCUCGUCUUUUCACCCAGUAGUACGCCAUUAAAAAGACGUAAAAUAAAAAUAACGUAAAUAAAAUGUGUAUUUUUAAAUUGUUGAAAAGAUGUUUAUGUAAGGACGUAUACAUAUUCAUUUUCGUUUUCAACCACUUAAAAAUACGUCUUUUCACUUUCAGCCGUGAUGGAACAUAAUGGAACGUUUCCACAAUUUUUAAACAUCUUUACAAAAUGAUGGUCCAUAAGUUGUGGUGAUUUAGAGAAUGUAUAACUGCAUCUAUCAUGCAGAAAAGUACUUUUAAAACAUGCAUUGUGGUGCAGUCCCCUUUCAGAGUAGAUGAAUUAAGGAGACUUUAGCGAGGACUCUCUUCUGUGCUCUCUUCAGUUCUAAUUCUGCAUUUCUUUGGUUAAACAUUGUGUGAGUAAGCAGAUAAAGAUAAGAUGAUAUGAGUUUGCCAUUCUGAUAUUUCCAAGUACGCAGCUGCUCUUGUAUCAGCGCCAUUAGCAGCACUGUGGUUGGUCAGGUAAUGAGCAAAAGCUGUUAUGGCCAGAAAAUCAACCAGACAACUCUGUUUUUAGAUUUAAUAUACUUGGCUUUGCAGGGAUGGUCACAGAUACUUAUUAAUGCUGUUUAUUAUAGUAUUUUGCCUCUUCCCAUUUCAGAAACACUAUUAAAAAUUAAGGACUACUGCUUUAACAGCAUAGCGCUGGUUGGGCGUCAGUAGUACUUUAAAGCAGUUAUGGUCAGGUCUGUAAAAAAGAGAUCGCUUCAUUUAUUAAUUUAUUCAUGGCUUAAUUGUGUUUCAGAUAUAUAUUUUUUUCCCCACUCGAGAUAAGCCAGGUUAGACCAUUGUAUAAGAUGGCAGUGUAUUAUGGUCUGCACUAUUUAAAAUGUUUUUUAUUUUUCCUUUUAUAUAAGAAUCUUUACUUGUUUGCUAAGGAGUUAAGAUUCAGCAUUGAGUAAUGUUUGUUUUUCUCAGUGCUUCGUAUCCAAGGAAACAAAGCUUUUUAUGAAGGGAUUGAGUAACUGAAGUAUCGCUCUCUCUGAUCACCAUUUUGGCAGCCUUUCUAACUGUGUGCUAUUAAAGGAACUAUGUCCAGGACUUUAGCCAAGUGCUAACAGUGAUGGCGAUACUCAUAGUACAAGAGUUUCCUUCGUUCCACCUUUAAAACAGGUCCCAGAAAAAUGGACAAUCAUCAUUUUAUGUGCGAGAACCUAUUUUCAGUGAUUUGAAGGAUGAAUACCCAGAAUAGCAAUUGACUAGCAUCUUACUUUUCUCGUUUUUAACCUUCCAAGUGUUAGUGCUGACUAAAUUAACAUUUCUAACAUUGCUGACUAUACUGUUCAUCCACUAUACUCGCCUACCCUUACAAAAAGGUCACAUAGAGUUUCACAAAAAAUUAAUUUAAACAAAAAUUUUCAUAUGAUCUGGCAUGUUUUUGUGUUUUUAUUUUAUUUUUUUAUUAUUAUUUUUUUUUUGCAAUCUUCCGUCCUAAAAUCCUGUUUUGUUUUGUCUGCGAGGGUAAUGAAUAUUCCUGAACAUAUGCCUCCUUUAGUAAUGAUGGAUAUAUUCCAAAACUUAUGCUCUUGCAGACUUACAUUCUUAACCACGUCACCUUAUCACAACGUCUGUGCCAAAUUACUUGCAAAGUUUGAUUUAGAAUGUUAAAAAAAUAUAUAUAUAUUUUGAUUAGCUGAGCUAAUACUAGCUAACACUGCUUGUUUAUUUCUACUUAAAUACUGAAGAAAUGAUUGGAUAGAUUGGGAGGUUGCUACAGCCUGAGAGACUGUAAAAUGUACCUCUCGCCAACAAAAAAACAAAGAACAAACCUUUUCUGUAUGAAACUAAUUUAACAGUUUUCUCAGCCUGCCUUGAAACGAUGUGCCUCAAGGACCACUAAUGGGGUGUGUGUGGUUUCUGUGACGGCAGUUUGUAAGCACUUCCUGCUUGCGAUUUAAAGUUCUCUGUGUGCCUGCGUACAUUUCCUUUGCUAACUGUAUGGAGGGGACUCUAAUGUACCAUAAGGUAUUGUACAUAAUGUACUUAAAAUAACGAGCCUGUAAAUAUGUUUUUCUCUCUUGUUUGAUUGAAUUUUUAUUAUGAGAAAAAUGGGAUUUUUUUUUUCUUUUGUUUUUUUGAAAGGGUAUGUGUUGACCAAGUUUGUUGACUUUGUCAUUGAGACCAACAAAAAUCAUUUUGUAUUUUUGUUUAUGAAUAUGAAAAAUCAUAAAAUAAAAACAAGAAUCAAA